AUGACUGCUGCGCAAGUUGCUAAUAUGGAAUCUGAUGAAGAAAGUCUUUAUCCAAUUGCAGUAUUAAUUGAUGAAUUGAGAAAUGAAGAUGUUCAAUUAAGAUUAAAUUCAAUAAGGAAAUUAUCAAUCAUUGCUUUAGCGUUAGGAGCUGAAAGAACAAGACUUGAACUUAUUCCUUUCUUGACAGAUACUAUCUAUGAUGAAGAUGAGGUUCUUCUUGCUUUAGCCGACCAAUUAGGCAAUUUUACAGCUCUUGUUGGUGGACCAAGUUUUGUACAUUCACUCUUGCCACCUUUAGAAAAUCUAGCUAACAUUGAAGAAACUGUUGUUCGUGAGAAAGCUGUUGAAUCUUUAAUAAGAGUAGCUGAAAAACAUUCACCACAAUCGUUGGAAGAAAACUUUAUACCAAUGCUUCUUCGUUUAGCUACAGGUGAAUGGUUUACCUCGAGAUGUUCUGCUUGUGGACUUUUUUCUGUUGCUUACAAGAGAGCAUCACCUGCAGUAAAGACAGAGCUCCGUGGAGCUUUUAAAAAUUUAUGCGCAGAUGAUACACCUAUGGUAAGAAGAGCUGCUGUAUCAAAAUUAAGUGAAUUUGCCCGUGUAAUGGAAGUUGAUUUUUUGAGAGAUGAAUUUUUACCUGUAUUUUUGAACAUGUCUCUUGAUGAACAAGACACUGUAAGAUUAUUAGUUGUUGAAGCUGGAAUUACUCUUGCUGAAAUAUUAAAAAAAGAAGGAAAAUUCCCUAAUGGUUUAAAAGAUGCUCUUUUGAGUCUUGUUGGUGAUAGAUCAUGGAAAGUUAGAUUUAUGGCUGCUGAAAAAUUCCCAGAUCUUCUUAGUUCUGUUUCUGUAGAAUCUAUGAAUGAUUUUAUGCGUGCCUAUAUAUUACUAUUAAAAGAUCAAGAAGCUGAAGUUAGAGGUGCUGCUGCUAGUAAAUUAGAAGCUGUUUGUGGUAAAUUGCCAGAGGAAGGACGUUUAACAUUUCUUCUUAAUGAUAUUUUACCUGUAAUAAAAGAUUUGGUUGGAGAUUUAAAUCAUCAUGUGAAGACUAGUUUGGCAUCAGUUAUAAUGGGGUUGGCUCCAUUAUUUGGUUCACAAAAUACUACUGAUCAUUUAUUACCAAUAUACUUACAAUUGCUUAGAGACGAGACUGCCGAAGUCAGACUUAACAUUAUAUCAUCUCUUGAUAAAAUUAGUAAUCUUGUUGGUAUGGGAGAAUUGACUAAUUCUUUACUUCCUGCAAUUAAUGAAUUAGCAGAAGAUGGUAAAUGGAGGGUCAGAUUAGCUAUUGUUGAUUAUAUGCCAUUGUUGGCGGAUCAACUCGGAACAAGUUUCUUUGAAGAAAAAUUACUUCCACUUUGUGUACAAUGGCUUAGUGAUAACGUAUUUGCUAUACGUCAAGCAACUUGUAACAUACUUAAAAAACUUGGAGAGAAAUUUGGAGCAGAAUGGGUUAUAACAAAGAUUCUUCCAACUGUAAAUGAUUUGUCAAAACAUUCUAAUUAUCUUCAUAGAAUGACAUGCCUUUUCUGUCUUAAAAGCAUUUCAUCUGUCCUUGAUCAAAAUCAAGUAACUCAACAUGUACUUCCAAUGUUAACUAAACUUUCAGAUGACAAAGUAUCUAAUGUUAGGUUUAAUGUAGCAAAAACAUGUGUUCCUGUUGGAAAUGUAGUUGCAAAAGUAAAACUAGAUACUGAAAUUAAGUCUAUACUAUCAAAACUUGUAAAUGAUGAAGAUUUUGAUGUACGAUACUUUGCAGAAGAGUCAAUAUCUGCUUUAAAUCUCUCAAUUUAA